UUCCACCAGAGCAGGAUGUCUUGCUGUCAGAUCCGGAGCUGUUGUUGACUGCACACAAAUCUGACCAGGAACUCUUGCCGUUAGUUACUUUACUCAUUGAGUACUUCUGCAGAAGAGACGGAACAUCUGGAUGAUCAUGGAUGAAUUCACCCCUUUAGACUGUCUGCUGCCUACAGGCACACAGAAAAUAUGUCUGAUCAUUCUCAACCAGCCUUUGGAAAAAGACAGUCUUCACACACUCUGGAGUAAAGACCUUCGUGCAGGCUAUCAAGUCAGCAUACUUAAUUGCCCUGCUGAUGGCCCAUCAGAGGUGGAUGAUUUGAGAUUGGUUGGCUUCCAGAAUAUUCACACCUGGCCGUUUGGCCAAUUAGCAGUUGUCUGGACUCAGCAGAGCUGUGGGGCUCUCCUGCGGGCGUGUGCAGAUGGUGCGGCCAACCACCUGUAUGACAUCACCGCUGGACAACAAGACAGUUUUCUUCCAGACUACAUCAGUGGGGACUUUGAUUCUAUUACUGCAGAGGUCAAAGCUUUCUACACAGAGAAGAAGUGUCGGUUGAUAGAGACCGCUGAUCAGGAGCUGACUGACUUCACUAAAUGUCUGGCCAUCAUGGUGGAGGAGAUCAAGAGACGACAGCUUCAGGUGGAUACUAUAGUGACUCUGGGUGGUCUAGCAGGACGAUUUGACCAGACCAUGGCUUCAGUAGAGACUUUGUACCACGCCCUCAAUAUGACAGAACUACCUCUGAUGGUUCUACAGGGAUGCAGUCUGGCCUACCUGCUACGACCGGACAUGAGACACAGGUUGGGAGUGAAUACAGGACUGGAGGGGGAAUGGUGCAGUCUAAUACCUAUAGGAGGACCAUGCAAAACACACACCACUGGACUCAAAUGGAACCUGGGUGAGCACACACACACAGUGACACACACGAGCACUCAUCUUCCCUACGCUUUGUUCACACAAUCACACACACCCCGUCUGUCCCCUUGUGGUUUGUCCCAGUCCUAGGCCCAGUGGCCAGCUGUGUUCUUAAUGAGUUGGCUCAGACCACUGCACCACCGGUACAGGGCGGGACCUCAACAAUCUGUUGGUUGUAUAACUCAGUGUCAAGGGGAAUCCAGGCAGGAAGUGUGUGUGUGUGCGUGCGUGCAUGCGCUUGUUGGUUGGUUGGCUGCUGGCCUGGGAAUGUGUGUGUGUUACUUUCCCAGUCAACCUGUUACCUCGGCACCUGAUUGAUAAUGCGGUGGGAUUAUGCGUGAGAGGCUCCUUCAGAUUAACCAGUCAUAAUAAAAUGCAUAAUUAAUCACACACAUAAUUAAAAAGGAGGCAGUGGAAUAUUUCCCCGGGGAUCAGAUGGAUGAAGGUAGAAAAUAAGAAAUACACACUUUUACAAAGUGGACCCUCAGCUUUUGUGUGCGUGCGUAUGCAAAUGUUCCAUCUUUCUGUAGGUUGUUAUGUGCAAGUACCUUGGUUAUAGUGUUUAAAGGGGCAAUCUGCAGGUGUUUUUUAUUAAUGAAAUGAUUCUUGAAGAAUAUCUCAUAAAUGCCUCAUGACCUUAGUUCAACUGUCUUACCCCAUCAGAACACAAAAUAUAAGCUUUUUUUACUCUACUGUUUGUUAACAAAGUAAAUGUCAACAAACACUAUAUAGCCUCAAAACUUGGUUAAAAAUAUAAUUUUGAUAUUCUUCUGGCCCCUAUAGUUGGUUUGAGUUCAUUUGAAGGUCAAUUUCAUUUUUGCUGCUCACUAAUACGUGUCUAUAUCCUGUAAAAGAAGAGUCCUUAUUAUUAUUGCAAAUGGUGAAAGUCACUGUAGAGCUGCAGAUAUUAUCAAACUCCAUCCUUCUUGCAGUCAAUUUGUAGAAGCAAUUUGCUGAAGCACCUGGAUCUGUGUCAACUUCCCUCCCGUGCAGAGAAGUCUCGGAGUGAGCUGGGAUGUCACAGAGGAUGUCUUCACAUUUCAGGUGUCUUCAGCAGAGAAACCAUACACUAGACGUGGAGUCUUGUUGACGAUCAACAGCUUGUUCGACCCACUUUGAUUCCCCGCCCCAGUAAGCAUUCGAGGAAGGUCUCUACUUAGAGAGCUCUCCAUGGAGGAUUGUGACUAGAUGCCCCUCUCCCAGAAGUGAAGUUCAAGGAAUGGAAGGUAUGGAGAGACUCUUUGAAGGAGCUUGAGCAGGUCAAGAUCUCUCCCACAUACAGAUCAAUCUCUCUCAUACGAAAAAGAGAUGUGCGUCUUCAAUGAUGCGUCCAUAAACGCCAUUGCGGCAGUAACCUACCUGAAGACAACUGAUGCCAGUGGGAAUAUGGAUGUUGGCUUCAUCUUUGGUAAAGGUAAGCUCGCUCCACGUUCUGAGAUCCCCGUUCCAAGACUCAAGCUGUGCGUCGCUGUUCUAGCUGUGGAAAUAGCAGAAGCAAUCGGCGAUGAGAUUGACAUCCAACUCGAUGUUGUCACAUUCUACUCUGAUAGUGGUCCUGGGUUACAUACAAAACGACUCCAGGUCAUUCUACGUGUAUGUGAAUAAGAGGGUGCAAUGUAUUAGGAGAUAUAUUUGCCCAGAGCAGUGAAAGCACGUCCCUACUGACCAGAACACUGCUGAUCAUGUCUCGAGAUCAGUCCCAGCAAGCAGCCUGACUCAUAGGACAUUGUUGACAGGACCAGCUUUCUAGUUCGGGUCAGCAAAGCCCGAAAUCUUUCACGCACCUUUUGACUUGGUUGACCCCUGGAUCUUACUACAAGAUCCGCCCCCAAGUUGCUUGUCACGCCACCAUUGUCUCAAGCAACAAGUUAGACUCCAGGGUCUUUGAGAGGUUUACAAGGCUUGCGCAUGUGUUAGGAAGGCAGCAGCUGCAAAGGAUGGCACAUUUGCAACAAACCCUGCUCCACCGAAGAUCUGGAUCAACCCAAGACCAUCCUAAUCCGCAGUCUGCAACACAAUGUCUUUCAAGAGGAAUUGGACUGCAUCAGUGAACGUAAAGCCAUUCCUAAGCUGAGCCCACUCUUCAGUGUCCUUACAUCAGCCUUUCUUAAAGUAUGAGUCACGGAUGGUGGGUCACGAUGUGUCAGAGUAAAUUUAUAAUUAUUUCAUUCAUUACUGGAAUGGAUUUGGCCAAGUGCAUCUGUGCUCUCUGCUUAACCAUUGUUAUGUCUGGCUUUAAACUUCUUCACAACAGUAUCUCGGACCUGCCUGGUGUGUUCCUUGUUCUUCAUGAUGCUCUCUGCGCUUUUAACGGACCUCUGA